CUGAACAAAGGCCUGCCCCUUUUCAUGAGGCUUUCUCUGCCGCUAUCGUUACUUUACAUGUAAUCGCGAUUACUAAAUCGGAUUACGGUACUUUUGUUAUAUUUUAAAACGUAAGUAACCGUGGAAAUAGCGUCCGAAAUGGAUACGGCUCACAAUGAAACCAGCGGUGAGACCCGAUCGGCAAUACAUUCUUGGCGGUAUCGCCACCAUUUUACGUACAAGGCAGAUCAAGGAAAAAAUAUCAUCGUGCAGUGUAAUCUGUGUUUACCGAAGGUUAAUCUUCUGUCAACGUCCAAGACCUCAACAUCAAACCUAAAGAAGCAUUUAGACAGAACACAUCUGGGAUGUGAUGCCAAGCCUGAUGGAGUCAAGAGGGGCAGGAAGAAAGAGGAGCACAACGGUGAGGCCAGCAGGCACAGUCAGCUCAAAAAACUAAAAGCAGAAAUCAUUUCCAAAUGCAUGACACAAACAAAGAUCGAUGAUCUUAUCUUCAACUUCAUUGUGGAGGAUUGCCAGUCGUAUUACUUGCUGGAGCAGCCUGGCUUCAGGAAACUGAUUGAGGGCUUAACGGAGGGGCUAAAAUCCAUGGACAGAGUGACCCUGUUCACCAAGGUGGACUUGGGCUUCUCCAGCAUGCGAGAGGAGCUGAUGGCGAAACUCAGCAACGUGCAGUACGUGUGCACCACGGCCGACAUCUGGACGGCGAACAGCAGAAGCUACUUUGGAAUGACCUGCCACUGGAUCGAUGCAGAUUCUCUGGAAAGGAAAUCCGCCGCCCUCGGGUUUGCUCGUCUCCAGGGCAGAAACACGUAUGACACCAUCGCCGGGCGGAUACAUGACAUCCACGUGGCCUACAAUAUAGAAAGUAAAGUUCAGACCACAGUCACAGAUAACGGCAGUCCCUUCGUCAGCGUGUUCAAAGAGUUUGCAGUAGACAGCCAGGACAGCGACGAUGACAUAGGCUUCUACGAGAACGUGGGCGCCAUCCUGGAGGGUGAGCCAGAGCAGGACAUGCUGCUGUUUCUGCCAACCCUGCAGCGAUGUGCCUCACACACUCUGGAGCUGAUUGUCACCGAGGACUUUUGGCAGGCGGUGUCACAGGGUCCCAUGUGCCAGUUACAUUACAGCACAAUGUCCAAGGUGUAUUCCCUGUGGAGCAAAUGCCACCAUCUCCAGAUUGCUAUGGAUGCAGCUGAAGACAUAUCAAAGAUGACACUGGUUGUUCCCGCAGUCAUCCGCUGGAACGUGGAGUUCUGCGCGGUGCAGAAGAUCGUCUCCCUCACAGAGCGGGAGCUGACGGAGCUGUGCGCCCGCCUGGAGGUGCCGCGGCUGCAACCCGAGGAGAUGGCCUUCCUGAGGGAAUAUGUCACUGUGUUCCACCCACUUGCCUUUGCACUCGAGCUCUUCCAGGCUGAGCAGAAGUGUUACCUGGGUCUUGUCAUCCCCACCAUACUCAGUCUGAAGAACAAGCUAAACGAGCAGAGAGACGGAGCAAAUUACUUUGGUGAUGUCAUCAAUGCCAUUGUCAUGGCAAUAGAUGUGCGGUUCCAGGAGCUGUUUGCCAGCACAGAAGCAAAGAUCGCGACAGCCACGACUCCUCAGUUCCGCUUGUGGUGGAUGCCUGCUUCAGACAGAGAUGAAAUGUGCUCGGUACUCACCACAGAGGCAUCACAAAUAGAUCCCUGUCCUGAAACCGAGGCCAACACCAGCUGCAGUUUGUCGACCAUUAAAUCUGAAGACGACUUCUUCAGCUACGGGCCCGUGAAGCCUGCCAGUCAGAAUCAACAGCGGGGAGCAGUGGAAGAGGUCCGCAAAUACCUGGAUGGGACGGGGAAGAGUCUUGAGUGCCUGCAAGACUUCCCCAGAGUGAAGCAGCUUUUCCUUAAAUACAACACCACUCUGCCCUCCACGGCUCCCGUUCAGCGUCUGUUCAGUCAGAAAGGAAACCUAGUCACCUCGCAGAGAAACUCUCUGACUGACGAAUACUUUGAACGCAUUCAGCUUUUGAGAUACAACAGCAACGUGUGCUCUUUGAUCAGUGAACAGAGACAUUUUCAGUGACUCUUCUGUUUUUCAUCCUUUUGAAUGAUGCAGAAUCAAAUCACAGUGUGCUAAAAUCUGAUCAUGAUAAAAAAUUGAGUUGCAUCUCAUUUAAAAACAGUUAAAUCCAGAUCUGUUUUAUACAUAUACAAAUAUAAAUAUAUAUAUAUAUAUAUAUAUAUAUAUAUAUACACCUACCCCUACCUGUUUUGAUAGGCAUAGCAAAUAUCUUGCACGACGACAUGACAAAAUUGUACAUGGAAACGCCAAUCGACAAUCAUAAACAAGGACAUCUACAGUGACUUGCAAAAGUAUUCACCGCCUUGGCAUUUUUCCUAUUUUGUUGCAUUACAACCUGUAAUUUCCAUGGAUUUUCUUUGGAUUUUAUGUAAUGGGCCUACACAAAAUAGUCCAACUUGGUGAAGUGAAAUGAAAAACAAAAAAACCUGUUUAAAAAAUUCUAAAAAAAUUAAAAUCUGAAAAGUGGUGCGUGCAUAUGUAUUCACCCCCUUUGCUAUGAAGGCCCAACAGUGACCUUCAGAAGUUACAUAAUGAGUUAAAUAGUCCAGCUGUGUGCAGUCUAAGAGUCACAUGAUCUCGGUUUAAACACACCUGAUCUGACAGGCCCCAGAGGCUGCAACACCACAAUGCCAGGGCCCCCACCAAGCAGGUGACAUGAAGACCAAGCAGCUCUUCAGACAGGUCAGGGACAAAGGGUUGGACAAGUAUAGAUCAGCGUUGGGUUAUUAAAAAUAUCCCAAACUUUGAACAGAGCAAAAUUAUCUCCAUUAUUAAAAAAUGGAAAGAUUAUGCAACCACAACAAAACUGCCAAGAGAGGGCUGCCCAAAACUCACAGGCUGAGUAAGGAGGGCGUUAAAUCAGGGAGGCAACAAAGACAGCACAGAUAAAUCUGAAGGAGCUGGAAAGCUCCACAGCCGAGAUGGGAGUAUCUGUCCGUCAGUCUGCUUUAAGCCGUACACUCCACAGAGCUGAGCUCCAGUUUUAUGUUGUUGUUGUUGUUGUUGUUUUUUUUAAUUUCUUGCUUGUUUCACAAUAAAAAUAUUUUUCAUCUUUGAAGUGGUAGGCAUGUUGUGUAAAUCGAAUGAUACAGCCCCCCUGAAAUACAUUUUAAUUCCAGGUUAUAGGGCAACAAAAUAGGAAAAAACGCCAAGGGGGUAGAUACUUGUCAAAGCCUCUGUAAUGACUGAAGACACCUACAAAAACACAACAUCUUUUUAUCUUUGUUUUAUUGUUGUUAAUUCAAGUUGCUACAUGGGGUAAACUGAACCUGAUAUUACUGAUAUUAGGCUAGUUUGUUUUUCUACAGCUGUUAAACAGAAUGCAUCUCCUAUCUGUAUGUUUUCUAUCACAUAAAAAGUGACAAGGAAAGGCU